GGUGGCUGCCGAGUCCGAGCCCCAGAAGGACCUGGCCUUCGUUGGAUACACAUACAAGCGCUUUGACAUGCUGACGCGCAAGAACGCCGUCUAAGCCAUUGCUCUCCCUAUACCCCCUUACACACAGCCUACUUUUACUUUUCUCUCUCCCCUUGUAAGGUCAUUCAAAACAUGCUCUUUACAUCCAUAACCCGUCGACAAGCGCGACCGCGGCCAAUUUCUGCUGCCGAUGCUGUUGCCGACGGAACGCAGCUGCUGUGAUUUUAUUAUUUGUUUUUACCAAACCAAACCAUGCCGCUUACGAAUCGUUCGUCGCAUCCCAGCACUUGCCCGCCCCGGUACCACUGUCCAGCGGCAGCGGCGCCUGUCCACAUCUGCUUGGCACCUAAGCAACCGGCUCACGCACGUCGACGAGUCGGGCGAGGCCCACAUGGUCGAUGUCAGCGCAAAGACCCCGACCUUGCGCACAGCUGUGGCACGCGGCCGCGUUCUCAUGAACAAAGAGACAUUCGACCUCAUCAAACAGGACGGGAUCAAAAAGGGCAAUGUGCUGACAGUGGCCCAGAUUGCCGGCAUCCAGGGCGCCAAAAAGCUGUUCGCAAAUGAUCCCGCUCUGCCAUCCCAUCAACCUGACCAAGGUUGCUGUAGAGUUUGCCUUGGUUGAUGGCCUGGAGGAGCCGCAUAGCUGUGCUGUCGAGAUUUCGUCGCUGGUAAAGUGCAAGGGCGAGACAGGCGUCGAGAUGGAGGCGCUGUCGGCGGUGUCGGUGGCAGCGUUGACUAUUUUCGACAUGUGCAAGGCGGUGACCAAGGACAUGCGGAUUGAUGGCGUGCGGG